UUGGAAUUUUCUGAACUGGAGGCUUGUGGGGGCUGUUGAGGGGCUUCUGAUUACAGCUCGGCCGCGGGCGUCACCCUUCUUCUCGGUUGCUGGGGACCCUGCUCAGCUUCUAGGUCUCUGAAAAGUUUGGAUUUGGGGAGCACCUCAUUGGGACGUGUUGUCCCCAAGGGGUCUUAAGAGGAAGAGAGGGGAGAUGACUGCAUGGACGCGAAUUGUGCUACUGCUGCCCUUGGCGCUACUUCUGCCCGCGGUGCCCGGGGACUGCCUGAGUCGGCAGGAGCUCUUCCCUUUCGGACCCGAGCAGGGGGACCAGGAGCUGGAAUCUGGGGACGACUCCAUCUCCUCAGCCUUGGAGCUCCGCCUGCGGAUCCACUUCUAUGACAAAUAUGAUAUCUCCUCCGUCUAUGUCUCUACAAAUGGCCUCAUUGCCAUGAGUGAACCUCCUCUUGAAGAAGCCAGCCCUGGUCGAUUUCCACCUUCCUUUGGAGCUGUUGCACCCUUCCUGGCUGACCUGGACACCACAAAUGGUGGAAAGGUUUAUUAUCGGGAAGAUUCUUCCCCUGCUAUUGUUCAACUAGCUGCAGAUUGUGUCCGAAAAGGUUUCCCUGAGGUCUCUUUCCAACCCCAGAGUGUGGUGGUGGUCACCUGGGAAUCCGUGGCUCCUUAUCAAGGGUCAGAAAGGGACCCUACUGAGCAAGGCAAGAGAAACACAUUCCAGGCUGUCUUAGCUUCCUCUGACUCCAGUUCAUACGCCAUUUUCCUUUACCCAGAAGAUGGUUUGCAAUUCUACACCACGCACUCCAAGAAGGAUGAAAACCAAGUUUCUGCUGUGGUUGCAUUUAGUCAAGGCUCCGUGGGUUUCUUAUGGAAAAGUGAUGGUGCCUACAACAUAUUUGCUAAUGACAGAGAAUCCAUUGAAAAUCUGGUCAAGAGCAGCAAUGCAGGACGUCAAGGUGUCUGGGUUUUUGAGAUUGGGAGCCCUUCCACUGCCAGUGGUGUGGUGCCAGCUGAUGGCAGCCUUGGAUCUGAUGGCACAGAAUAUGAAGAUGAGGAAGAUGAAGACUAUGACCUGGUGAGCGUGUCUGAGAGGUCUCUGGGCUUGGAGGAUGUGGGCACCACAAUUGACCCUUAUGAUGUCCCCAGAAGGGGAGAUGAAGACACAUAUGAUUUGUUAAAUCCCAUCUCCCCGCGUCACGCCAGUACGGAGAGACCACCUCUAGAAGAACCCAUUGUGGUGGAUCAGUAUCCGAAUCCUUCUAGUAGGGGAACCAAGUCGUUCCCAUACCCAGCUGAAGGAUUUCCCCAGCAGCAUGCACAGGUCAUAGACGUGGAUGAAGUAGAGGAAACAGGGAUUGUUUUCAGGUACAACACUGAUUCUCGACAGACUUGUGCCAAUAACAGAUACCAGUGCUCCAUUCAUGCACAAUGCAGAGACUACCCAACAGGUUUUUGUUGCCAUUGUGCCGCUGGAUACACUGGGAAUGGUAGACAGUGUGUUGCAGAAGGUUCUCCCCAACGAGUUAAUGGUAAAGUUCGAGGAAGGAUCUUUGUAGGGAAUAGCCAAACUCCAAUUGUCUUUGAGAAUACUGACCUCCAUUCUUAUGUUGUGAUGAACCAUGGGAGAUCUUACACAGCCAUCAGCACCAUUCCUGAGUCCCUGGGCUAUUCUCUGGUACCCCUGGCUCCUGUGGGAGGCAUCAUUGGAUGGAUGUUUGCUAUUGAGCAGGAAGGAUUCAAGAAUGGAUUCAGUAUCACUGGAGGAGAGUUCACCCGUCAAGCUGAAGUGACUUUUGUGGGGUACCCGGACAAGAUGGUCAUAAAACAGAAAUUCAACGGCAUUGACGAGCAUGGCCACCUGACCAUCACUACAGAGUUGGAUGGACGCGUCCCUGAGAUCCCAUCUGGCUCCACUGUCCAGAUAGAACCCUACACUGAGCUCUACCAUUAUGCCAACUCUGUUAUCACAUCCUCUUCCACCCGGGAGUAUAAAGUGACUGAACCUGCCCAAGAUGGGAUCGCUUCUUCACGUACCUACACUUACCAAUGGAGGCAAACCAUUACCUUCCAGGAAUGCACUCAUGAAGAUCCUCGACAGCCUCUUCCUCCCACCCAGCAACUUUCUGUGGAUAGCGUAUUUGUCCUAUACAACACGGAAGAGAAGAUCUUGAGAUAUGCUUUGAGCAAUUCAAUUGGUCCUAUUGGGGAUGGCUCCCCUGACUCCCUUCAGAACCCUUGCUACACGGGUACCCACGGUUGUGACGCAAACGCAGCAUGCCGCCCAGGUCCAGGAAGUCAGUUCGUUUGCGAGUGCUCCAUUGGCUUCCGAGGAGAUGGACAGAGUUGCUAUGAUAUUGAUGAAUGCUCAGAGCAGCCAACAGCCUGUGGAAGCCAUGCUAUCUGCAAUAAUCACCCAGGAACCUUCCGCUGUGAGUGUAUCGAGGGCUACCAGUUUUCUGAUGAAGGCGUGUGUGUGGCUGUUAUUGAUGAUCGUCCUAUCAACUAUUGUGCAACUGGCCUCCACAAUUGUGACAUCCCCCAGCGGGCACAGUGUGUGUAUGCUGGAGGCUCCUCCUACCACUGUUCCUGUUUGCCUGGCUUCUUAGGAGAUGGGCACGCCUGUCAAGAUGUAGAUGAAUGCCAACAAAAUCGUUGUCAUCCAGAUGCUUUCUGUUACAACUCUCCGGGAUCCUUUGUUUGCCAAUGUAAGCCUGGAUAUCAGGGUGAUGGUUUCCAGUGUGUUCCAGGAGAAGUAGAGAAAACCAGAUGCCAGCGUCAAAGAGAACAUGUUCUAGGAGUAGUGGGUGCCACUGACCCAAGAUGGCCCAGACCUGUAGGACAGUUUGUUCCAGAAUGUGAUGAACAUGGGCAUUAUGUACCAAUGCAGUGCCACCACUCCAGUGGGUACUGUUGGUGUGUGGAUCGAGAUGGCAAUGAGAUUGAUGGCACCAGGACCGGCCCUGGAAUGAGACCCCCAUGUCUGAGCACAGUUGCUCCUCCAGUCCACCCUGGACCUUCGGUUCCUCCAGCUGUAAUCCCUCUCCCUCCUGGGACACACUUACUCUUUGCCCAGACUGGGAAAAUAGAGCGUCUCCCACUAGAAGGAAAUAACAUGAAGAAAACUGAGGCCAAGGCUUUACUUCAUGUCCCUGAUAAAGUUAUUAUUGCACUUGCCUUUGACUGUGUGGAUAAGGUGGUUUACUGGACAGACAUCAGCGAGCCCGCCAUUGGGAGAGCCAGCCUUUAUGGUGGGGAGCCAACAACCAUCAUCAAACAAGGUCUUGGAAGUCCGGAAGGACUUGCUCUUGAUCAUCUAGGUCGCAAUAUUUUCUGGACUGAUUCUCAUCUGGAUCGAAUAGAAGUAGCAAAGCUCGAUGGUAGCCAGCGGCGAGUGCUCUUUGAGACAGAUCUGGUGAACCCCAGAGGAAUCAUAACAGAUUCUAUUAGAGGAAAUCUUUAUUGGACAGAUUGGAACAGAGAAAGUCCUAAAAUUGAAACUUCCUACAUGGAUGGCACCAACAGAAGGAUCCUUGUGAAAGAUGACCUGGGAUUGCCCAAUGGAUUGACUUUUGAUACUUACAGUUCACUGUUGUGCUGGGUAGAUGCAGGCACCAAUCGGGUGGAAUGCAUGAACCCCAGCCAUCCCGGCCAGCGCAACAUCCUUGAAGGGCCCCAGUAUCCUUUUGCCGUUACAAGCUAUGGGAAGAAUUUGUAUUACACAGACUGGAAAACGAAUUCUGUAGUGGCAGUAGAUCUCGCUAUCUCCAAAGAGACCGACAGCUUCCAUCCUCACAAACAGACCCGGCUGUAUGGCAUAACAACAGCUUUUUCUCAAUGUCCUCAAGGCCACAACUACUGUACAGUGAACAAUGGAGGCUGCACUCAUCUCUGCUUGGCUACCCCAGGAAGCAGGUCCUGUCGAUGUCCUGACAACACCCUGGGGGUUGACUGCAUAGAGAGGAAGUAAUGCACUGGAAACAACACAAAGAAAGGAAUGCCACUUACAUUCACCACAUUUUCAACCACAACACCCUACCUUGACAUGAACCAGACUGAAACCAAUCUUUCAGAGCCAAGUUGUAAUUGACCCAGUGACCAACACAACCUGGGGAACUUCAGUGUUCCAUCUGCCACUAAAAAAAAAAAAUACAUCCUGUGCUCUCUGUAAUAGGAAAGCCUCAAUCUCUAUACUAGAACCUUAAGGACCCUCUUGGUGGAGACUCCUGGAGAAAUGCAUGAAGCCCCCCGGCUGUGUUGUCUGGCUUCUCAAUUCUCUCUCAGCCCCUGGAUGCACAGCCAGCCUGAGCCAAUUUAGGAAAAAAUUGUGAGGUAGGCAAGGCUUCUCUAUGGCGGCCUCCUACCUCCCUGCUGGGUGCUCUCUUUCCCUGUUUCAUUGCCCUCCCCUUCUAGUAUACGUCUUCCAACAAAUUCAGUUCUCUCAAUCACUCCUGGACAAAGAAAACCUUGUCUAUGCUGCUUCCCAUUUCCCUGGGAAUUCUACUGUCUGCUGAGGAAUUUAUGUCACCUGUUCCCAGUAAGAUGUUACAUUUCAAUGACGACGUGAGGUAGACCAUGAUUUAAUCCAAAUGAAUGAAUCUAAAAGUAGAUAUUUUAGGCCAACAAAAGAGAUAUUUAGGUAUAAGAGGGUUCUUUGGCAUCCCUCAAACCACACCAAUAACUACCUUCUCUAAUGCAUCUACCCACAUGUACCCCUAUCACCAAUAAUCCAGUAUGCCAAGACCAUAGAAUGUAAGAGCUGAAAGCGUUAUCUUGGGUCCACCUUUCUCAUUCUACAAAUGGGGAAACUGAGCCCCAGAGAGGCUACAUAGGCAACAAUUCAUUCUUUGUCUCAACAUUUUAUACAAGUGCUCUUCUCCUGGGUUGGGGAUUUCUCUAACACCAAGGCCAGGAAAUGAACACCAGGGAGAUCAUUUUCUCCUCCCAUACCUGAUCCAUUUAGCAGACUAACCUUCCUCAUAGCUAUAACUCUCCUCAGGUCUACUUUUCCUCCUAAUUGGAUUUCUAUGAUUUCAAGUGCCUUACCCAGUAUCCUCACUCACUAUGUGGAUGGUUCUUGUUGGCCUUCCAUCUUCUCAUUCUUGAAGAAUGAGUCCUGUCUUCUCAUUUUAGGAGAAAAACUGCAGAAUUGAUGAUGCCUCAGAGGGAGGCAGAUGACUGUGAGAAGUAGUGGGGGGAGAUGUGAAUGGUCUCUUUUUUAGCAUAAGGUGCCAGGCACAUCUCAGUGGUUUGGACACCCCAGGAGGCAUCCCAGAAAAUGUAUGGCCAUAACACUUCAAUUCAGCAUUUAUUUGGCACCUACUAUAUGCAAAUCUUUGUUACCAUUGUGCUGUGCAGACAGUAGAUACUUUGUAAAUAUAACCUAAAUUGUAUUCCUGGUUUAAAUAACCUAAUUCUUAAUUGUUUAUUGAUGUAGACUUACUAAAAGGGCCCUUGCCUCUUUUUUUUAUCCCCAGUGCUUAGCAUAGUGCCCAGCACAUAGUAGGCAUUUAAUAAAUGUUUAUUGAUGGAUUGCCCCCAUUUAUUUUUCUAGGUAUUUUCUGUGAUUGAUUAAAAGAUGCUCUUUUAGCUUUUUGAGUGGCUAACAUGGGAUUCUUGUAUCAUCUACUCUUCAGAGGCCAAUAGCUAAUGCCACAGUAGAAGUAUGGGUCCAAAGCUAAGUUUCUGAAGUUUUGAUGGCGUAAAGACUAGGGAUUUUAAAGCUGUAGAAGGGAAUGUAGUGAUUGAUUUAAAUAGCUUUAGAACAAAAAAAAAAUUGGAGAGGCAAAAAGAAUGUUAAUGUUAUCAAUAAAGAAAACUCAGUAAACUCUGAGUUGAAGGGA